AGCUCGGAUGGAGCGCACUCUUCUUCGUUUCGAAGCUCGCUUUCUCUCUCUCGCUCUUGCGCCACUUCUAUUCAUGUUGCUCGUGAGCUUGUUUACAAGUGAAGGGAAACGUGCGGCAUUCCUGACUCUGCAAGCCCCUCUCUGUCUGCCACAGAAAAAGAUUAAAGCUCUCACCCAAUAACUCUACAUAUUCUUUUUCAUUCCAAAGUUGGGAAAAUAUGUUACACAUUUCCAUGGAAUCUUGUCACUUUAAUCUCACUGUACCCCACUGUACUGUGUUGACCCAAAUGCUCAGAUUCACAACAAAACCUCUCGGAAAUCUUUUGUCUAUUUUGUUAUAAAUACAGGAUUUGUUAGAUGUUGUAUUCGACAACCAUCACAUGGAUAAGAUGUUACCUUGCACAUGCAAAGAAACGAAUGUUCUUUGGAUUUCCGAGAAAACCGCUUAUAUGCCACAUUGAAUUAUUUGAUUUUUCUUUUUCAGGUCUAAGAGACACUUGUUUGUUAUUUUCACCAAUGGUUUAUACAGUGACCACAAAUAUACGAAUGUUUUCUUUUCACAUUUGCAGGUUUCAAUGUGCUUGCAACCUGUCUUUGGAUACGUAUAACUGAUAUGAAUACAAAAAUCAUAGUCAAUCAAAUGAUUAUAAAUUGAGAGAGAGAGAGAGAGAGAGAGAGAGAGAGAAAGAGAGAGAGACUUGUUUCAUGUGAUUUCCACUACAAGAGAUUAAGCAAAAAGAGGUAGAUGCGUGGCACUUUAAUUAGAAAAAGAUCGUGGGUUACAUUCGCUAAGCAGGGGCAGAAUUACGAGGUAGGUUGGUAUGCAGUAGUUGGAUUAGGAGGUGGUCAGAUUUUGAGUAAGGAGGUAGUUAGGUCAGAUUUUUGAAAGUCGAAGGAUGUGCAUGGAUACACUUGCGAAAUCGAUGGAUCACGAGCACAGGUUUCAAGACACAGCUUCGAAGCAUCCUUUAUCUGUCCAGUUUGAGCGUUUCGCAGGCACAAUAGCUUACGCAAAGAUCAAGCUCAUGAUCAUGGCAGGAAUCCACGCUCACUGGCUGUAAUGAAACUGGAGCAAGCCUCGGCAUGCAAAUACCAUUUAGACUGGAUCCAGUGACACACAAAAUCAACGAAGAGUUGUGGAAUACAUGUACAAGUUUUCAUUGGGUGGAUUUGUAGGAAGGAGGAGGACUGUUGUAUGGCGAUUACUCUAACAAUGCAGUCAUUUCUCCAUUCCAUGCGUAAACCUGAGGGCUGAUCAAGAUCAAAUCCCAUCGAGUACUAAACUGUACAGAAGCUUCUCUUGACUUCUCAACCAACUUCUCUCGCAUGAACGUGCUCUUUACCUCCAAACCUAAAUUCUGACCUACUUUCAACGAAAGAAAUGGUCGAUGUCUGUAACGUGUUCCAUGGAAUAUGUUCACACUGGUUCUGCUAAACCCGCCCCUUUCAACUACACCAUUACGGGAGAAUUUAAUCGCCACUUGUCAGUUACACGGAAAUUUUGAAUAGGAUCUAAUAAACCUUCAGCAUGCGGUGCACUUUUGUUAUGAUUUAAAGGAGCAGCCAUAAAGAAGUCGAGAGGAACACAGCAAAACAUCACAAGAUCGAGAACUUCAUCAUCACAAGACCAUCUGAGGCUUCAGUCGUAAGAAUGGCCCCUAAAAAAAAAACUGAGGCUCAAAGGACUGCAAACCUUGCUCAGAUGCAAAGUUUGAAAGCUAAUCAAAUGAAUCCUUCAAAUAUGGAACAAUCUGAAGCUAUACAAGAAGUGUGGGCUGAUGUGUGGAGUGGAUUUGAUUUGCAUGUUAGUGACAAACAGUAUUAUCCUCGUUAUGUUGCAUAUGCAGUUGCUCAUACUGUGGCUCAAAUGCUCAAUGUGGUGUGCUUCGCAAGGCUUAACAAAAUGGAUGGGUGGGAUCAUCCAAUUGUGGGCCAGCAUCCUGAAGAAUGGAAUGCAGAUGAAGAGUGUGAACUCCCCCCAAUUGACACAUGGGCUCGCCAAUGUAUCCCAAUUGAAACUGAGUCAAAAACCUCCACAAGUAUUGAUGACACAAAUUCCAAAAAUAGUUCAAAAUCAUUUGCAAAUCCCCAAACUUCCCAAGGAGUCCUUGUAAGUGUGCAAGAUGCUUUAGCUCAACGCGGCAACUCAACACAAUUGCAACUCCAAUCAAAAUCAACAAUUCAUGAUAGUAAACACAUAAAUAUUGAACAUGAAGCAGAUAGUCUUUUCAUAGAUGACACCACUGGAUGGAAAAACAAGCCGGCAGAAGAAUCAUCUGAAAGUGAAGAUGAGUAUUUAGACUUGAGGUGGUAGUCUGAGCAAGAAACCUUCAACAUCAGCCCCUUUCAUUUAAGUAAUAUAUCUUGAAAUCAAUUUAUCAAACCUGAAAACCGAGUUGUUUCAAUAAAAACUUUGAAAGAGCACUGGAAAUGUACACCGUGGUUACCACAAUCAGAAGGUUGUGAUCUA